UCUAUGAAGUCUUCGUUCUUUGAUUAAAACGUGCAAACUAUUACUAAUAAUAUCACAAAGCAAUUCAGCUUGAAGAGAAAACAAGUUUUACUCAAAUUUGCUUACUAUUAGCUGUUUUUUAGUUAAUACAUAAGUAUUGGCGCCGGCGGGACAAAUGGGAUCAUCGGAUGAGUUUGCAGACCGGUGGAGGCGGAGUUUCGAGACAUUCGACGUGAACAAGAGUGGCUGCAUUGACAGUGAGGAGCUGAAAAAACUGAUGCAGGUAUGUCAACUUAACCCCAGCCAAUCAGAUGUGGACGAGCUCAUGGAGAAAUUCGACGAAAAUGAGUCUGGUACACUGGGCGAGGAUGAGUUCGUGCAGCUGAUGCACUACUUCCUGGAGCAAGGACACCCGGAUCCCUAUCAACAAUUGGAGGAGAGCUUCCAGUUCUUCGACGAGGAAGGCACUCAACGCAUUCCUAUUGACCGCAUGCUUGAGAUUGUUCAGUCACUCGGCGAGCCCCUGAGUGAAGCGGAAAAGGAGGACUUCUUAGCAGAUCUUCAGGCAAUCGACAACGACAACUCGGGCACAAUCGAAAUGUCCGAGUUCAUUCAGUUGAUUUGCAACCAGGAAGACAUCUACCGCAAACAACCACCCCCUCCCCCACCCCCAGUCCCGGAGGACGAGGAGGGAGACGAAGAACGGAGGCCGGGGGCAUUUGUACACGAAGAGGAUCCAAUUGAGGUGACGGAAGAAGCACCCCCUAUGUCUGGAACUCCACCACCCCCACCUGCACCCGAAGAUUAGCAACAUUAUCGGGAGCUCAUCGUGACUUUGACUCAAAUACAAAAUUGCCACAAUAGCACUUUGCAUUUAAUUAUUCCUUAAGUUUAAUUUCAACUGCUGCGUUUGAAUUUCAAGAUGUCUCGAGUUAGGUAUUGGAACGUUUCAACCCAUUUU